AUGAGGCUGGAGGGAGCAGGGCGGAGGCUCGAGGCCGAGGCGCUGCUCGAGCGGCUGCUCCGCGCCCUGCGCUCCGGCGCCCCCGCUGGGCCGCUCGUCGGCGCGCACCUGGCGGAGGCCCUGGUGCGGGGGCGGGGCGCUUUCGACGAGGCAUGCGGCAGGGUGCAGGCGAUCGCGGAGCGCCUUUGGGAGGCGCCCCCCCUGCGCGCGGAGCUGCUGGCGGGGCUCCUCGGCGCGGAGCUGCGGGCGCGCAGCCCGGCCGAGGCGCCGGUGAGGCGGCUCGUGACCUUGUUCGAGGACGUGCUCGCGCUGCUCCAGGACGGGGACCCCGAGAAGGUGGAGUGGUGGCUGCGCUACGUGGAGUUCUCCCAGCGGUUGGGACUCCACGGCCGCGCCGGCGAGGCGCCCGCGACCACGGACCUGCACCGAAGGGCCAUGAGGUCCGUCGGCGACCAGCCGCUCUACGCGGACAGGGCCCACCGCCUCCUGGGCUCCGCGGCGUGCGGCUGA